CCUCAAUCGUGUUUUUCUGUUUGACAGCUCGCGUGCACUGUUUACAUAGACUUAGUCGUGUUCGAACGAAAAGUGCUGGGUAUUUUUUUUUAUUCAAAGUCGGUCGAAAUUUCAAAGCGAAGCGGAAAUCGAAGACGAAGUGGGCGGCAAACUUGUUUACAUGACCUAGCAGCUGCUCGCUGAACCCGAACGAAAACGAAGCCGUGCUGCUGGCGGAGAUGGUCAAGCAAUGCCUCGUUCCGACGCUCAAGCAAAGCCCUGGAAUGACCUACUGGGAACCGACCACCAAGGACAUGCAAAUCCCGGAAAACUACCGCACCGUCUUUCGACCGCUUAUGCUCCAGCUCCAGCUCCCGAGGACGUGGUCAAGUUCAACCUCGAGCGCUGCAACCUCGCCCUCCUCCACCAACAAAACACCGGCAGAUUCUUCAUCGUCCUGUUUGAGAAGAAAAAGAAGCUGCUCUCGGAGGUUUUCCACCAGAAACCGCCGUCGAAGACCUGCGAAGCGGAACCACCCCAAAAGAAGCUAAAACGCUACCACCGCAACCCGCUCAACCUCCUGACUCGGUGCCGCGAAGACAAAAAGAAGAACACUUACUGGUCCAGGAGGGUGGAGACCUUUUUGCAUUUCGGAUUGACCGUACUUCGGGUGCUGGUCAACUACAGUCUAGCGGACCACACGCAAAGCCGACAUUAGUCUUUUAAGACUUAAAAUUAGGCUUUAUCGAACCUAACCGUGUUAAGUCUUUUUAAGCCUAAUGAUGGGUUAGUCUUUAAAAGACUAGUUUCGUUUUAGUACGAAAAAGGCUAAAUUUUAGGCUUAAUGUUAUCGUCAAAAAGCCUAAAUUUUAGUCUUUUUCGAGAAUGCGAGGGGAUCAAAGCGGACAUAAUCCAAGAUGGCGGAACUUGAUUAAGACUUAUUUUUAGGCAUAAAAAGACUUAUUUAUAGGUUCAAAAGACUAAUUUUUAGGCUUUUGCAGGGAAUGGGAGGGGAUCAAAGCGGACAUAAUCCAAGAUGGCGGAACUUGAUUAAGACUUAUUUUUAGGCCUAAAAAGACUUAUUUAUAGGUUUAAAAGACUAAUUUUUAGGCUUUUGCAGGGAAUGGGAGGGGAUCAAAGCGGACAUAAUCAAAGAUGGCGGAACUUGAUUAAGACUUA